AUGGCUUCAGGAUCAUCGCGAUCAAGACCAGGAAUCCACCAGAAGCGAACAGACACGGAACCUCGGGUCUAUGCCGAACUGCCGUCGUUCCCUUCGUUCGACGAGCCAAUCCCUCCCAAUGCGUCUCUGGAAGAGGUCUGCAUCAGAUACCCCAAUCACCUGCGCGGCUCCUACCUCGACGCCUUCAUCCAAUGGCACUGGUCAGCCACCGACAUGUACUCUUGCCUGACCGACAUUGCCAUCAACGAAUUCAAGGCCUUUGGCAUCACGACGAGCAAGUCCUUUGCGAACCGCGCCAACUUCUUGAUGAAGCGACUCGACGCCCGGCUGUCCGCUCUUUCGCCAGAGGAAGUCACGGCAUUGUGCACCGCUCCCAAGAUCCGGACAUGCAUGAUGGACGGCUCUGAGAAGUACGGCGCAUCCAAGUUGCAGGGCAAGUUCCACAAUCCCAUAGCUCCAAGGGUUCGAACGUACCCUCAUCGUCAAAUCAAGGCCCGCAAAACUCUUGGGCCGGAGCCUGUGAUGAUGACCUUUGUGCACAACGACAAGGAAUACCCGCUUUGGGCUUCGGCCGAAGAAUUCGACGAGUACAAGGCCAGCAUGGCAACGUACUGGGGAUAUCAACGUGCGCGUGCGGAACAGAUCUUGGCCCUCGACGAGCUGUAUGGUGCGAGUCAAGAUAGUCGCCGGCGCAAUAGACUCGUCUUGCAAAUGGCAAACUGGCCAUGCGACGUUACGACCGAGACGUUCUUCAGCUUCCAACAUAUUCGACAUUGCCCGGCCUUUGUAACUGCGAUUUCCAACAUGGCCACGGCGGCUGUCAUAAAUAUCUAUGAUUCAUUCCCGUCUGAGGACCCUGCUCAGCAACUACCCUUGGUUCGACAAUCGGCAAUUUCUUAUGUCCACGCGGGCCAGGCGGCCAGGUUGACCAGGUUGAAUGAAUUCUUGUCGACCUUGCCGGCUGGAGAGCCUAUGCCCGGAGUGGUGGAUCAGGUAUUGUCGUGGGGUGUAGACCUCGAUGGCCAGACUGCUGAGUCGGCAAAUCUGUUCCUCGAUCCUGCAAAUCCCCAGGGAGAGGGCGUCGCAUCGCCCAACCGAGAAGUGCCCCAUAUCAACGCUCCAGUCGCGCCAUUUCGAAGCAGCUUGAAACGAACCGGGCCAGAGUCGGCAGGCACAGCGAAAUCCACGAAGCGAGUGAGGUUUGCCGAUCCAACCACCGAGUUCGGACACGCGGAUAUGGGACUAACUGCGGAUCAUCCUCCUGAGGAAGCCCAUCAGCAAGGUCAACCAGGUGUUGUAUGGCAAGACUUGACUCUUGAUGAACCCGACGCGACUCAAGCCAUCCAUGGAGACAUCGCCGAUUUCGCCCCUGAACCGCCGAUGGCAGAGGCCUAUCAGGACGACGAAUUCGACUUUGUGUGGCCAGACAUGGAUCUCGGUACACCUGACGCGACUGGAGCCAUUCAGGGAGAUGACGCCAUUUUCACACCUGAACCACCGAUGGAAGGGUACGGUGAUCAAGUUCUUCCGUGGCCAGACCCGAGUCGAGUCAUCUGUGGAGAAGACGUCGCUCUCACGCUUCAACCACCGAUAGAAGAGAUGCUUGAAGCAUUCGAUCUCGACACUUUGCCAGCCCAACCCCUUCAAGGUGGCUUUUUGGACGCCGGGAUUGACCCGAUGGCAGCUGACUACUCAACCAACUUUGAAGUAGAUGACUCCGAAUGGAUGAAGUUUUUGAAUGAGGAGAUGUUUGCCGAUGAAGGUAUCUCAAAUGUGAAUGAAAACCUGAAUGCGACAUCACGGGAGCUGCCGGAACUCGUCGACGACGAUGAGUAA